CCAAAAGUGCGCAACUUCGGAGACGGGCUGGUGUCAUCAGCCAUGCCGCCGCCGCCGCAACAUCCUAAGAACCGCAGCCGCGGUCCAGCGGCGACCGGAGGGAACGGGCGCCCCCCGCGCCGGAUGGCGAGCCGGGACGCGGCGGAGCGUGCCGCGUUCUUCGCUCGGCGCGAGGCCGCUGCUGUGCUCCGGCGCGUGCUCCGCGGGGACGCCACCAGGCGGGCCGCAGGCUCCAUCAAGUCCCUCGUCUACUCGCCCACCGUCCGCAACAAGCGCGCCACCUUCGCGCUCGUCUGCCAGACCCUCAAGUAUCUUCCUAUUCUUAAGGAGGUUUUAGGAUCGAGUGGAGUACUAAACAGCAAAUGGAAGAGACAGGAGGAAUUAGUCAUUGUGACUGCCUAUGAUAUCCUCUUUGGUCAGGGAACUGCAGUUUCUGGAUCAGCUGAGCAGUUAAUUAUGACACACAAAGACACUCUUAGUAGUGCUCUUGAUAGAAUUUGUGCCAAAAAGAAAGUCAGCAGUGUUGAAGACUUGCUAGGCAAUAAAACACCAGUCAAACCAAAGCCCAGGUUUCUUCGUGUCAACACACUCAAGACCACUACCGAGUUUGUGGUUGAAGAAUUGAGCAAAAUACACAUGGUCGCUAAAGAUGAUAUGGUUCCAGAUAUGUUGGUUCUCCCGCCUGGAACUGAUUUGCAUAGCCAUCCAUUGGUCACAAAUGGAGAAGUAUUUUUGCAGGGCAAAGCUAGUUGUAUGGUAGCAGUCGCACUGUGCCCUAAGCCAGGUUGGAAGGUUCUUGAUGCGUGCGCGGCUCCAGGGAACAAAACAGUCCACCUUGCUGCCCUCAUGAAUGGACAAGGGGGUAUUAUAGCUUGUGAACUUAACAAAGAGAGGGCCAAGACAUUGCAACAUACUAUCAGAAGAUCUGGAGCAAAUAUUAUUUUUAUAGAUAUUCAAACAGUGAAUGGUGAUUUUCUGGAUAUAGAUAGCAACGAUCCAUCAUAUGCCGAGGUCCGUGCUAUUCUGUUGGACCCCUCUUGCUCUGGUUCUGGUAUAUCUACAGAGAGACUUGACUACUUGCUUCCUUCACAUUCUAGAGAUGAUCAGGACGAUGCGAGUACAAGCUCAAGGGUCCUGAAGCUCUCUGCUUUCCAGAAGAAAGCUCUCUCACAUGCUCUAUCAUUUCCCUCAGUGGAGAGGGUGGUCUACAGCACCUGCUCGAUCCACCAGGCAGAGAACGAGGAUGUCGUGAGCGCCGUCCUACCGUUAGCCACAUCACUUGGGUUCGAGCUUGCUACUCCAUUUCCCCAAUGGCACCGUCGUGGCCUUCCCGUCUUUGAAGGAUCUGAACAUUUGCUUCGAACGGACCCUGAGGAUGGCCUCGAGGGCUUCUUCGUUUCAUUGUUCGUCAGAAAAGCAGCGGGUGGUGAUGCAGAAGAACCUAAUGAAGAUGUUACCGUGGAAGCACGAAGGAAAGAAUCUAAUGAAGAUGUUGCAGUGGAAUCGCGAAAAAAACAAGCGCGUAGAAGGCGAAGCGGGGUCAGGGCGUUCAGCUCCUUGAGGCUGUCCAGGAUGAUCCUAUGCUCCAACGGGGGUUUCUGGUGAAGAAAAGAUGUUUUCGGAUCUUGCUUGUUUCGUAUUCAAUUUGCAACCGCUAGCUAGUUUUGAACUUUUUUCCGGACAAUUGGAUCCAUUUUUUGUAUGGAGAAGAAAAAAAUUGAUAACCGAGGCCAUGUUACAUACUCA